UAUGGGUAUAAAGUUCCCAUCUUAUUGGUAGUCUGAAGAGUGAUUGCUGAAAUAUAUGGAAUAACAUAUAAUUACACAUUCGCUCACGAUGAUUAUAUACAGUGCACUUUUAUAGGCGAUACAAGAAUGAAGCGUUCUAUCCAAUUGCGUGGUUUUCACAUCGAUGCGUUGCAAAUAGGUUAUACAGAAGAUAAGAAAGCACGCGAUCAUGGUGAUCUGGACUACUGGACAAGCCACAGAAUGCCGCCAUUGGGCCCACUGUUGCAUCAGCUCCGUCGAUUCGAUUCGAGUGCGAAAUGUGGAUCUCGAAGAGAGAGCGAAGCGUUCGCCGCGUCCAAAGAGAGCGGAAGCAGAGCGGGCAGCGCCGUCGGCGCAAGAACUGGCGUUGUCGGCGGUAUAUAUAACACCUAAUGGCAGCGGCGACUUCCCAUUCAAAAUCGCACACCUCAACGCGCCGCGUGUCGCACUUGGUCCCCCCGGAAUCCAAAAAAUAACCACCCCAGAAAUUAACCCAACCCCACGUUAAAAUCGUAAUCGUAAUUAAAACCCAAAACCCAACCCGAAAGCGCGGUGUAGAAAAAUCCCAAAAACCAAUAUCCAAAUACAAGUAUAAAACCAAGCAAACGGAAAGUUAAGUAACACCAAUACAAAUUUUUUUGCUGUGCGAAGCGAGACAAAGAAGAGUGCCAAAAAGAAUAGAGAGCAUCUAAAGAGGAUUACCAAUUGAAAAAGGAGCCACAGAAACCAAUGCAAAGAUGUGCCACAAUUCAGGGAUCGUGGAGAAAAACAACGAGCAGCAGAUCGAACGCUACAUGGCCUGUGGGAUGCCAUCGAAGGCGGUGAAGAGUGUCAAGUACACGCUGAAGAAGCGCGAGAAGAAGGAGCAGCUGAGGAGAGAUCUGCAGAAGGAUCUGCACAGGGAACAGCAGUUGCUCGAGGAACUCGAGUUGAGCAGCAGCAACAGCGACUGCUCCUCCUCCUCGGUCUCCGGCAGCGAUAGCGAGGAUAGCGGCGUAACCGAAACCGUUCUCAAAUCGCCGCCAGCGGCGGAGACGACUCCCAGUCCAAAGGUCAGCUCACCGCCACCCACACCCAGAAGCGACCUCCUGCGAUUCUGCCCGCGUUUUCGUAAGCUGCAGCAGGAGCAGCAGCAACAGAUGCUCAAGGAGAUGGAGCUGCAGGAGGAGGAGACCCUGACCAAUGCCGCCCUGAAGGCUCAGCAGCAGCGCAAGCUUAGCUCCAUGGAGCCGUCAAUGGACGACGCCCUGGCCAUCGGCACCCAGAUGACGAGGCAGGUGUCCGAGCGAAUCACCUGCCUGGUGGCCCAGCUGCAGGCCAGCCGCCUCUACACAAUUCUGACGCGUACGACACAACCAGCACACUUGAUAGCCGUUUGCAUAUUGGUCUUUGUGCUGAUGACUGUGGGACGCGACCUCAUCGACCCAACGACAACAGUUGCAACAGAAGCAGCAGCAGAAAACGCAGCAGCGUCUGCAACAGCAGCAUCGACGAGAACAGCAACGGGCGGAGUUCUGGCGGCCUUGGUCUUUCUGGGCGCCUUUGCCACCCACUUUGGGUCGCAGAUCUGGAUGACAUUUGUCUCGGGACUCUCGCUGUAUUUCUCUCUGCCCCGCCACGUUUUCGGACAGUGCCAGCAGAUCCUGUUCCCGCGCUACUUCGCCCUGAACGCCAUGCUCAGUCUGACGAUGCUGGUGGUGUAUGCCAAGUAUUUCCUCAGUGGAUGGACGACAUCGGCGGGCAUCCAGAUGGGAUCGCUGGCCCUGGCGGCGGGAAUCGAGGUGGUGGUGCGACUGUAUCUGGUGCCACCGAUGCUGCAGCUAAUGCACGAGAAGUACAGGAUCGAGGAUGCGAUCGGCAGUGGCCAGGAGGUGGGCAGCCUCGUCCAGGGCGACCUCGUCGACUGUCCGCACUAUCAGCGCAUCCACAAGGGAUUCCGGCGCAUUCACAUGACCAUCGCCAUUGGCAACAUGACGGUCAUGCUGACCACCUGCCUGCAGCUGUAUUUUCUGGCAUCGAAAAUACGCCUUAGCUAAGGCAAGCCCGGAGUGAAGAAUUUAUAGAUUUAGGAUCCCACCACACAAUGCAUACCACACAUCAUUACUACUGUAUUUCCAUGUUCGAUAAUUGUCUCAAAUUCUAUAUUGCUUAUUGAACACCAUCCAAUCCCAAAUGCCCCUCCUCCGCCCCACACACCAACACACCCAUACCGACGCACGAAAAUAUUUAAUUUCUCCCAAGGACGCCUUGUUUGCUGCGACCUUUCAAUCUGAUUUCCUGUGAUAAACUCAGCCCGCCUCCCAAUACAAAAAACACCCACCCACAAACCACAGCACAUUUAGCCUAUAGUUGAUAGCCAAUAAUUUACAAGGAGUUAUUAAUUAAUAGCCUAUUGAUAAUUAAUUAUACUGUUUUUUUUUUUUUUUCUCAUUCAUUAAUUUUCUUCUGUUAUUUAUUAAUCCACCGAAAACUAUGUUUUUCUCUGUUUUAAGUGCGGAUGUUAAGUGAAUGUAAUUUAUAUUAAAACAAAAGAAAAACAACAACAAAAGAAACAAAAACAAACACCAAAAAAGCACAAAAAGAAACAAAAACACAAAAAAAAAAAAUAAAUCAAUAAAAAUAUCCAAUCAAUGUGUACAAUUUA